ACCUGUUCGACAAAAUGGCCUUCUCGGAUGACGAUUAUUUGAGCCGAGCGGUUUACAAGUUAAAUGUUUUUUCAAGUGUUGAUAAUCUACCGUCGCGUAGCUUCUCGUCGCGAUCUGUCAGGAGGUUUAAAGAUCCUUGUGAUGCUUUGGAAAGAAUACUCAAUAAAACUACACUUACCACUCAAAGAGUUACCCAUGGAAAUAUUAUCGAUUUGGGUGGGGACAUGCUGUCCAAAAGCAAGGAUGAUAACCUAGAGGGAGUGGAACGGUCAGUGCAGAGAGCUGUAGAGGCAGCAGAGGCAAGAGCUACCAGAGAGCUCAGAGCAGCUCUGAAAAGGCUUAGUUUUCAAAAAGAUGCAGAGAGGCAAAGAGCUCUAGAAAAGCAGAACGAAUAUGCUGAGAGACGAGCACAAAGAAUAUCAGAGCAGAGAGACAGAGCUGAAGCUGAGAGAAUGAAAGAUCUGAUAAAAAAGAUGAACAAGGAGAAAGAGGAAGCAGUAGAGCUGCAGAGGCAGGAGGAUGAACGCUUGAAAGAAAUAGCUGUUGCAGAGGCAUGUGCCGAGCUGACCAAAAAAUUAAAGAAAGAGGCAUCAAAAGAAAAAGAAAAUGCAGUAGAAGAGGCAUUGAAGAAGGCAGAAAUAACAUUUCAGGAGCGGGAAAAGAAAGCAAUUGCAGAAACGCGUCAAACAUGUGAAGCAGAGGCCAGAGAGGCUGCAAAAAAACAGGCACUGUUACAUGACCAACAUGUACAGAGACUCAAUCAAAAAUAUGAUGCUCUGCAGGACAAAUUAACUACAGAGUUAAAACUGAAAGCAAAAUUGAAUAAGGACUUUCAAGAUCUCCAGGAUGAUUAUAAACGUUUCUUAGACUAUACAGACGGACAUUUCCAUUCAGAUUAUUUGAUGAGACUGCGCCAUAUUGGACGACAGAGAAUUCUACCAAAAGACUUCGAAGAUACAUCAGUAUUUGAGUUAUGA